CCCCCCCGGAACACCACCAAUAGCUCAAAUCAACCCACCUGCAUCCUGCAUAAUGCAUCCGCAACGGUCUGCCUGCAACACCACGAGCGUAAGAUCACCGUCCCCAACGUCGAGAUCAUAUAAUCAUAUAUGAUAUGGCAACAAACAGAAUCAUUAGACCGUGAAAAUCGACAGCGCGGGGAGGGGCCCGAGCGCCGUGGUGAAACUGCGUGCGUACUGUCAUCGUCUCAGAGAAAAAAAAAACAGUGCUUCCCUUACCUUGCCUACCUCGAACUCAGGAGCGUUAGUACGUACUGUACUUGCAGUAGUCUGGCUCUGUGCGGAGUGAUCCUGGCAUUCGACUAGACUAUAGGUUAGUUAGUCUUCACCGGGAUUUUGGGAUGAUUA